AGACAGCUUUCUGUAUUAUACUUGGUGAGAUGCUGCCCUCUUGUGGAACCAAGUGAAAACAAGAAAAAGUUAAUCGGAAAUAGGCCGAUUCAUCCUGGAACUUGUUUCGGUCAUCCAGCACAACAGAGAUCUUGAUCAAAACAUAUCGGUCAGGUGGACAUUUGAGUUUUUGAAGUGAAUAAAUUGAAACGCUUGCUUACUCGCAGAGGCAAAUAUAACAGUAAAAUCAGUGGCCUAUAAUAACUUGCAAACAUGUAUAACAUGUAGGCCUACUUACUGCACAAAUGCUAUACUCACUCACUGCAACCAAUGUUAAGUGUCGAUUAAAUAUAUUUACAUGUAGGACUAUAUGUUUUUAGUCAAAUCAAACCUUCUGUUUUUGGAAAUGCCAAGUAAUACGAAUAGCGUAGCCUACUCAGUUAAACCUACAAUCAUCUGAACUCGUCAAACCCUGACUGAAAUUAAUUUAACAAUAGAGCCAUUUUAACCAAUUGUGGUUGUUAUGGAUUAUAGACACUAUAUCAUACCUUGUAGUACAUCUCGAUAAUGUACUUAUUCAUACGACCCUUGGGACGCCGAGCUAAACACCGACCAAUCAAAUGCGAUGGUUACUUGUAAACAUUCCCGUGCUCUCACGUCGCGGUUGAGGGGCCCAAACACCACCUCCAGAUAGUGACCUUUUGCCGGAAUGGCAGGAUUUCUGAGAUACAAUCGCGAGUCAAACCACCCAAUGAAAGAUUCAGAGACCAUACUUCAAGAGGCUCUGACAGACUGUUACCCGGUACUCUGUGAGUACUGUGGGGAGGGAACCCGGCCUAACUUGGAUCUGACAUGGUUGGACAAACCAGAGAGAUCGGGACAGUUCUGCUGUUCUCAGUUCCAGCUGCUUUGGGAGUGGCUUCUUGAUCAGAGGUCACUGGAUUGGACGAUGUCUGACCCUGAGAGCCAUGCUACACCCCACGAACAGCCAAUAAUGCGGGGGGAGAAGCUUUCUUAUAAAGAGGCCAGUCUAGAAAAGGGCAGCAAAGCGGAAGCACAGGAAGCACAGCAAGCUUGCCAUCAUGCAUCUGGCGAUUCACCCAGAGCCACUACAGAGCCUUAUAACACGGCCUCAAAUGCAAUCCGGUACCGACACUCCACCAUGUGUGCGGGUAAUGCGGGCUGGACCGUCUCCCCUGAGUCACACACACAGAUACCUUCAAAAGCAGAGACACCAGAGACAGGGGUGGAGAUGUAUCGUUGUGAACACGACCAAGGGAAGUUUGGUUUGCAUCCUCAUCAGCCUGCUGCUGGAUUUCAACAAAGAAAUUACUCCAGUGGAAUGAAAUGUCUCACUGUGUUCCCAGAUGGAUCCUUGCAAGUCCUUUACCCCUCUGGCUGUGUGGCCCUGGUGGUUGUGGUUACUGAAGCAAACGGCAGGGUCUGCAUUGUUUACGACGACAGCGAUGUCCCUGAGCAACCAAUCAGAGCUAUGUUCCAGUCCGAUGGCCGGGCAACGUGCUAUAGCAGCAAUGGUAGCAUCUGGCUCAGCCUAGGUCAAUCCGGAGGUCAGCGCUUGGACCAAUCAGGAGCCAGAGUUCAAAGGUGGAGUUGGGGCAGCCUUGGCCUUGGUAGCCCCACCCCUCUGCGGCCACUCUUCCUGUCACUCAACAAGAAUAUCGGGGUUCGCGUACUUGGCAGAGACCAAGUAUUUGUCUCGUUCUUGUGCUGCGGUCAACAGGCAAGGUUCAGUGUUGGCAUCAGCUGUGUACAGUGUCAGGUGGAUUGUAUGAACAUAUGUCACAAUCCAUCCAUCCGCUCAGAGGAGCUGUUCCUGCUGGCCGGGAGAAUGGGAGUGUCUCUGGCCAUGGAAGGUCUCCGUUAUUGCUUGAGAAGGCUUUCCAGGCACAAGCCUUUCAAAGCCCAACUGGGUAUGCGCCAUCACAUGGGCCUCAUCAGGAAGCUGCUGGCAGCCAGUACCACUGUGGGGAUAGGGGCCAGCGACAGGGCCUUCAUCCACAGGUGCCUUCAGGGCUACUUGUGAUGCGUGUCCUCUAUUACUUUUUACAUUUCCUUUUCAGUAUAUUGAAUAAAAUUGAACUACAUUUUUGACAUUGUAUUUAUAAUUAAAAACUACUCCUAGGGGAGAAUUGACAAGCAA